AUGACUCUUUCAAAGGCUGAGAGGCAGGCAUUGUUGUCAAAGUUCUACAAUAUGGACACAGAUAGAAAUGGCAUAUUAAGUAGAUCGGAGAUUGAGAAGUGUCUCGAGGACUCGAACCUGCCUAAAAGUGUUGCUGCAGAAUUUCUCAAUCUUUUUGAUGCUGAUGGUGACGGGAGAGUCACACUGGACGAGUACGAACGUGCGCUUGGACUAAAGGAAAUUCCCGAAACCACGAUUAAUGACUGGAAGCAAACCUUUGCACAGAUGGAUGUGGAUAAUUCCGGUUUCCUGACAGUAUCGGAGAUCCAUGAUGGCCUUUCGCAGAUCGGUGUGAACAUCUCCAAAGCCGAUAUUUCAGAUUUUAUUAAAACUGUUGACGAUAAUGGGGAUGGAGUGCUAACUGUUGACGAAUUCACAGCUCUGAUGCGUCUAAAUACUUAA